AUGAUGCGGCAAGGGAGGUGGCUGCUCUUGCCACUUCUACUGGCAUUUGCAGAAGGGGCCCUUACCUCUUCUGGUCAGGCGGUUGCUCAGGGCUCGCACUCGUUGUUUGAGGGUCAGGCAUUCAAGGCAAAGCGUACAGGUGCUGUCGCAGAAGAAUUUUACAGUUCUCGUCAGAGCGGAAGACCAGAGAACGGCAUCGCGGCAGGUGAGUUGGGAGAGGCUGGUGCUGUGAGUGCGGAAGCCCUAACAUCCAAGACGCUGCACCAGCAUAAACAGCAGAUGGCUGCUUCUAUAACUGGUCCCCUUAAUAUGUUCAUAUUAGCGUGCAUAUUGAUGCUUAUAGCCGGGCAUUACAUAUCCCGGAACCUACCGGCAAAACAGAUGAAAGGUGAUGAUUGGCGUCCGGAUUAUCAAGAGUUCACGAAGGUCGUGUAUGGCUCUUGGCCCAAUAUUAUCCUUGCAUACAGCGUCACGUUGCUUUGGAUGUGGGCAAUCUUGAAACUGGCAGUUGGCUUAGCAAAAGCUGCAGCCUCUACAAUAUACAACAAUGUGUAUCUCCGUCUGGCUAUCUCCAAGAAACAGAUGCUGCUGCAACUGAAGCUGCAGCUAGAGAAUAUGUUGCAGCAUGAGCAGCUGCAGGAGCAGCAGCAUGAGCAGCUGCAGGAGCAGCAGCAUGAGCAGCUGCAGGGGACACCUGGUGUGGAUGGCAUGCCUAGUGAUGGCCGCUGA